GGGGUCUUUACUGACAUGAAAACGCACCAACGACACACUAGAGAAGAGUUGAGGUUGCAGACGCAAACAGAGCGUCUCCGAAUUGGUCCGCUUCUCUGAAACCACAGCCCUAGGUUUCACUCUCCGACCUCUUUCAUGGAGUCUUGGCCGCCGAUCGCCAGUUACAAGUGACUCUCUGUCCUCUCUCUCUCUAUGGAAAGGGUGUUCGUUGGGACUAGUUCAUCGUAUAUGGACCCCAACGUCGUUGAAAUCUCUCAGCCGGUGUUUUUUAGUUCGACAUCCCAAUCGGUUGAUCAAAAUGGGGUUAUUCUCCAUGAAGUAAUUGAUAUUGACGUGGAUGAGGAUUCUGGAGAUGUGAUGCUCCUCGAUGAGAACAUUGACACACAUAACAACGGGAAGGAAGCUUUGGUCAUUUUUCCGUAUGGUCAUGGUAAUUCAGAAAUGCCUGAAUUAGUAGAUGGAGUUCAGUUUUCUAAGGGGUGCCCUGUCCCAGGACUGCAUGAUUCUUUUGAUCUAGAACGUUUCAAUAAUGAUUUUUCUUAUAUUGAUGACUCCUAUAUGGAUAUGUAUCAUGAAUUUCUGCAAGCCCAUUUUGAUGCCGCAAAUGUUCCUCCCGCAGUUGAGGCUUUUAUUCCUUCGUUUUCUGAUCCUGCUCAGAAUAAAAAGAAUCCAGCUACUGUAAUUAGUUCAAACCAAUCAAGUUUUUCAAACCAAUUUGAGGCCCCUGAGACAGACUCGUCUCAUCCUUGGGGGUUGCAACUCGUGCAAAAUGGAGAAAAUUCAACUUUCAUGAACAUUUCAAGUUUGCAAACCCACAUGGACACUCUGAGUUCAACCUUGCAAACCCACAUGGAUGCUCUGAGUUCAACCUUGCAAGCCCACAUGGAUGCUCUGAGUCACUCUUACAAGUUUGAUCUGUCUUCGUCUUGGCCCUUUCCAGAAUCUUCUCAGAAUAUGAAGUCGGCUGCUUCAACUAGUUCAAUUGAUUUGAACUUACAAGCAGAAAACGGUGCUACAUAUCAUCCAACUGAAUUUAAAUUUAGCAGCAUACCAGAAUUUUCCCAUAUUGAAAAGAAGCCUGCUGUUUCUGGUAGUACAACUAAUUAUACCUCAGAUAACCAUCCGUGGACUAUGAAGCUCUCUUCUGGAAUGGACCCAUCUUCUAAAAAUUUUUAUUUUCACAACUGCCAUGAGAAGCCAGUUGGUAUUGGUAGUCAAACUGAUUCAGGGUUUCCAGCAAUGGACACAAUGAAUCUUCCUUCUGGAGUAGAUGCAUCUAUGUCUGGGUGGCAGGGUUCUCCUGUAUUUAUCAACAAUCCAUCUUUUGCCAGUGAUGGUUUCUAUAUUUCAUCUGAUGGUGUACAUCUCUUUUCUGAGAAAGAGUCAUACACCCCCUGGGUCCAGGAGCAUGCUGACAGUCAAAAGAGUGCAACUGCUGCUGGAAGUUCAACUGACAUAUUUGGAUCAACAUCUACGAUCAAAAAGCCUGGGAAUGAAAAUGAUAUUCUGACGAAGUUUCAACUUUUUAAGCAAUUUGAUGUUGUUCAAGAUCAUUCGGACCAUCACUUUUCUAGCACAGGUUAUUCAGUGAUGCAGCGAUCUUGGGCAAAGAAAAUACAGGAGGAGUGGAAGAUCCUGGAGAAAGAUUUGCCAGAUAAAAUAUUUGUCCGGGUUUAUGAGUCAAGAAUGGACCUUUUGAGGGCUGUAAUUGUAGGAGCUGAGGGGACUCCCUACCAUGAUGGUCUCUUCUUCUUUGAUGUUUUAUUUCCUAGUGGUUAUCCAAAUGUCCCACCGCAUGUGCACUACCAUUCUGGUGGUCUUCGAAUCAAUCCAAAUUUGUAUAACUGUGGAAAAGUAUGCCUGAGCCUUCUUAACACCUGGAGUGGUCACCAAAGUGAAAAGUGGAUCCCUGGUGUUUCAACCAUGCUACAAGUUCUGGUUUCUAUACAGGCGCUAAUUUUGAAUGAAAAGCCUUACUUCAAUGAGCCUGGUUAUGAAAUAAUGGGUGGGUCAGUAAAUGGAGAGGAGAACUCCCAGCGAUACAAUGAAAAUACAUUUAUCCUGUCUCUGAGAACAAUGGUGUACACCAUGAGGAGGCCACCAAAGGAUUUCGAGGACUUUGUCAUUGGACAUUUCUACAAGCGUGCUCAAGAUAUUUUGGUGGCAUGUAGUGCGUAUAUGGAUGGCGCUCAAGUGGGGUGUCUUGUUAAAGGAGGGGUUCAGGAUGUCGAUGCAGGGGACAGGAGCUGCUCACAAUAUUUCAAGGUUGCUCUGGCUGGCUAUAUAACUGUGCUUGUGCAAGCUUUUUCACAAAUUGGGGCAAAGGACUGUGAGAAGUUCCUUUCCCUUGUCGAGAAGGGAAGCAGUCUAGUAUCAUCACCCGUGCCCCCCAUGGCUUUAAAUCUUUUUAAUGCAAUGAAUAUGCAAUUUUGAGACAUCUCACCUUUUGCAUUCUGCAUGUUGAACAUUAAUGUGAAAUAGUUUUGAGUUUUGAUCUGGCAGUUUAGACUUGAAUUAAGGAAUUUGAAAUGUUUGUUUUUGUAUUGGGGUAAUGUAUAUAGGUGUUGAUAUCAAUGGUGGUUUAUAGUUUUUUAUUUUA